AUGCAGAUGUUGGAGUGUGGCCAAUUUCAAAGAGCCCUCAAACAGGAGGGAACGGAGAUCACCCAGUAUAAGACGGUGGAGCGGGUGGUGCAGACUCUGAAGAACCUGUGCUGUGCUCUGGACGAGACGAAGACCCAGGCCAUCACUGAGGCCGUCAAAAGGCUGAAACACUCCGUCAACUUACCCCAGACACGCUCCCCCAAGAUGGGGUCCACAUCGUCUGGUCAAUCGUCAAAUGGAAAGUGGGCACGCGAUGACAGCUUCCUUGACACCAUCAUAGCGAUGGCCCGCCGUGCCAUGGUCAGGCUGUGCGCGUGUCUUGCCCCGUGGCGAUUUGUUUAG